AUGACCAAUGUAUUCAUAUUAUUUCUUCCAUUUUACUUGGGUAAUUAUGUCAAUGUAUAUGGGUCUGAUGGUAAGAAAAAAUUGUCAAAUGCAGAUUCCUUAGAAUUAGAUUCAUCUGAAAAUAUUAUAUCUGUUUUAGAAAGCUCAAUUGAUGAGGAAAAUUCUAUAAAAUAUUUGAAUCCGAAUGAACUAUCUAAUAUUGACCAAGUAAAACUGUUUGAGCAAAAAGAAUUAUUGCGCACGCACAUUCCAAAUAAAAAUGCUAAGACCGACCUUUUAGAGCCAUUUGUAGAUGUAGACUAUAAGUUAAAUUAUGAAGAACUCGAAUUUAGUGGAUUAAAUAUUAGAAUACCAGGAAUGUGCAAUGUGAAUAGUGACAUUGGAACAUUCAGACUGCAAGAGUGGGCUGAUUCAAAAUGCUCAGUUAAUGGUUCAACAUUCUGUUCAAGAUGUGAAAUGGCUAGUACUAUAGUUUGUAAAUGUUUUAGAAUAUGGCAAAUUAAAUUUUCGUAUAAGGAAAAGUCAUGCUUGACUAAUGAUGGAAAGCUGACGUUUUGUUAUGGGACAGUUGAUUUUUCAAGUUCGGAUAUAAUUUUAACCAACAUUAGUCCUGCAAUCUUAAAAUUUUCCAGUAUUUACGAAUUUGACUCAGAAUCCUCUCAAUUGCACGAAGGGUUAGAAGGUUUAUGUCAUGGGACAAACGAACUCGUACGUGUUGAUCAGAAUUAUGUUGCAAAGUGCCACAAAGAGAAAGAAAUAGAUUUUUUUAUGGAAGGAAAAUGCUUUGGAGAAUGUAAAGAAAUAGUUCCAUGUCUAGGUCUUCCAAUAGAUCCUCUAAAAUAUAGUUCACUUUUGAUCGUUAAUGAUUGGAAUUCUAUUUCUAAAAACUGUCAUAUAUAUGAUAUAAAUUACUUCGGCUAUUUUGGUUGUUCUACGCAGGAUUUAAAUAGGACAUCGAAUGUUAAUAUAAAUAAAGCAUAUUCUGCCACAGUAAACAAUACCGUACAGAUUGGUGGAAGUAUUUCAAAAUCAUGUAUAACACUUGAAAAUAAAAUUUUAUAUGUUCAACCGGGUAUACCUUUCGAUUUAAAUAUUUCGCCUGCUCCUUCCGCGCUUUACUCAUUUAAAAUAGAAUUUCACAAUCAUAAUUGUGGCAGUAAUGCAAUUGAAGAUAUUGUUAGGCCAUUCCCUCGGAAAGAUAAGCCACUUAUUAAAAAUGGAAGAGUUAUAGGGAUAAUUCUCACCGGAUUCCUAGCACCUUUAUAUUCUAAUAAAAGUAUUAAUAUAUGUGGAUGCAUUUCUAGUAAAUUUUAUAACCCCAAAGAUUCAAUUAGGGGAGAUUAUAUGUGCUCUAAAACUAAUCAUUAUAUUAUUUCAUUGGGAAAAAUAAAAAUACAAACCCCCUAUAUAGAUAUUAAUAACUUUACUAAUGUGUUGGUUGAUAAACCUUUUCUUUGGGAUAACUCCUUCCUUGCUCUAGACGGAAUAAUAAUAGCAAAAUCAUUUUAUAAAGGUUUUGAUUUUUUAAAUGAAAAGUCUUUGAUUGAAAAUUUUUAUAAUGAUUUUAUAUAUGCUCCAUACAGUAAUAGCAAUAAAGGAAAUUUACAGAAAUCUAUAUCUUUUAUUUCAGAAAUAUCUAAAGCAGAUACUAAAGUAUUGAUAAAAUUUACCAAUCCUGGCGAAUAUAUUUUAUUUUUUGUAUCUGAUACUAAAAUUCUAAUCAUUGGGUUAUAUAGUAUAUUAGGAUUUUUUAUCGGAAAAGGAGUUACAUACUCAUUAGAAGUAGGAGAUAUAUCCCGUGGGCACUCAAUUUUUUAUAAAAGCUGGGGAAUUCCUAGUGAUCAAAAUAGAUUUAUAAUAUCAGAAUAUUCGUACAAAGAUUGUUCACGCCCACUAUUUGUAAGUAGCGAUAUAGUUAAGAGCGGAACAUUUCCUACGACAUGGAUUGCUUCGAAUUUCAAUAAAUAUACCAGUGGACAAAAUUAUGAUAGUAUUUCAACUAAAAGCAUAAAUGAGGAUUUAUACAAGCCAUUUCAAUUUUGUGCCCAAAGUAAAGAUGGUACCAUUUUGAAUUUGGGGACUGGGAACUUUAGACAAUACAUUGAUCACGAAUUAGAUGAUAUUUUUCAUGUUCCUUUGAAUAAGUAUAUUAAUGAUGUUGGAAAUGAUAAUACAUUACUAACACUACCCGAUAGAAAUAUGGUAAUAAAUGGACAUCUAUAUAAUCGGAAUAUUUAUGAGGAAUAUUUAAAAAAUUAUUCAAUAGAUUUAGAUAUCAAUUUGGAACAAAGCCCAAAUAAUUUAUCAUUUAAAAAUAAUGGAGAUAUUUUUAAUCAUAUAGAUUGUCCAUAUAGCAUCUCUACAUUUACUUAUCGCUCGUGGGAUUUAUUGACACAAUUUUGGUUUGACAUACCUAGAAAUCCUUAUUCUUCAUUUCCUUAUCUGUUAAGCUUUUGGUGUUAUCCUAAUCUAAAUACUGUGUUUGUUUUCACUAGCAAUUCUGAAAACCUAACACCCAUGUACUUGAAAAAAAUUGAAUUUGCAAGGCCAACACAUUUCCAAUUGUUUGUCAACUCUUCUGGAGUAUUUGCAUUAGUGCUAACUUCUGGAGAUAAUGCUAUAUCUUUAUAUAAACUUGAUCCUAAAAUCAAAUUUAUUAAAAAGGCGAAUUGUUCAAAAUCAUUAAAGUCGCCAUCUGGAUUCGCGAUGAUUUCAUUGGAUACAUACAACAAGAUUUAUCUAAUAUUGGAUAUGAGGUCAAAUUGUAUAAUAUUAUUAGAUGGAAAACUCGAUGAAAUUGACGUGCUUUGCAAUGACAAAUUUCCCGAAAUUCAACAACCUAGUUCAGUAUCAUGUGUUCAACGCGAAGGUGUUAUCAUGGAAUGUUUUAUAAUACAAACAUUUUCAAACAGUUUGUUACGCGUACAAGUAAAUAAAGAGACUAAAAAAAUGUCAAUUGCAGAAUACUUCAAUGGUGGAGACAAUCAAAAUUUGACGCCUCUAUUGCGUUACCCUUUAUCAGUAAUUGCAUUUUCCUACAACUCCAUUGUAUUUAUUUAUCUUAUAGAAGCUGGGAAUUAUAGAUUAACAAUUUUAUCUCUACAUAAAGAUAAAAUUACAUUUUAUGGAAAAUUAAAAUUGAAUAUGCUACCUUUAAGCCAUUUUGUACUAUUAUCAUCUGCUGUUUGGCCAAACAAUUACAGAAAUGAUUAUUUGAUUGUAUUAAGAUAUGAAGUCUAUGAAGAAAAUAACUAUAUUCCUCAUAUCAACAUUGUAAGUAUUCAAGAUACGAUGUCACUGCCAAACAUAAAAUAUCCAUCAUCUGAAAGUUUACUAUUAGGAGAAAAACUAACAUUACAUCCGAAAUUUGAAAGUGAUAUAAUAAAAAAUAGCGAUUUUUUUGCAAGGAGUUCACAAAUAACAUAUAAAAUAAGGUUAUAUCAAACAGGCACAUUGAAAUCAGGGACCAAUGAACUUAUUACAAAAAUAUCUGAUGAAGAUUUUUCGGAAAUAGCUCAUAUAGACAAAUUCUCAGGGAAAGUAUAUUUAGAUAUCACAUUCAUUAAAUACCCUGUAUUAUCAUUCCAAGUAACAUAUUCAGGAGCGAUACACGAAAAGAAAACAUUAUUUGUGGUAAAGACACUAUGCCCUGAUGGCCACUAUUUUGGAAAUGGUGGAUGCUCACUAUGUCCAAUAGGAACAUAUAAUAAAUCAGAUAUGUCACAUUGGAAUAGAUGCAUUCCAUGUCCUGAAAAUGAAACUACAAUAUCAUCCGGCUCAUUUUCAAUAAAUCAAUGCUUAUGCAAACCUGGUUAUCAUUUGGAAGGGGAUGAUUAUAUUCAGGUUGAGGGGAGAAAUGAUAGAGGCUGUGUCCCAUGUCCAGCCGGUACAUGGAAGGAGAUUGUCGCGACUAAAGGUUGUUUCGGUUCAGGCUGUUAUCCAAAUAGCAGUUCUACUGUUACUGGUAGUCCUACUGAUGAAGAUCGUAAAUGUGAAUGUUUCCCCGGGUAUUACUAUCACAAAGGCGCAGGCGAUGUCAGAGAAUGCAAGAUGGCAGAAAACGGAUAUUAUUCAAAUGGAGGCUAUUUAGCUAAAAGACUUGAAUGUCCAACUAACACAACAUCAUUUGGUAUAGCUAGAAGUGUUAAAGAUUGUGUAUGUAGGCCUGGUUACCAUGCAAUAUAUAAUAAGGAUGGAACUAAUCUCUCAUAUAUUAAAUUGAAGACUAGCAUACUAGAAAGGCAUCCCGAAUUGGUUAAUGUGCAGAACGAGAUAAAUGUAUGCAUUCCAUGUGGCCUUAAUAAAUACAAAUCAGCUAUAGGCCUAUCUGGAUGUUUGGAUUGCCCAGCAAAUUCAUUUAGUGAUAGCGAUAAUGCUGUUGCUAAAUACGAAUGUAAUUUAUGCAAACCAGGUUAUUAUGAGAGUGGCAAUCCUGAUGAUCCCUGUCGAGAGUGUCCAGAAAAUAGUUUUUGUGUUGGAUCACGGCCACUAGAUACAUCAUUACAAAUCAAUUCUGGGCAAUUUGUAACAUGCCCUGCAAAUUCAUCAACAAUGCCACCAUAUUAUUUAAAUACACUACCGAUACACUGCGUAUGUAAUGAAGGUUACGAACCUACUGGACAAUUAUCACAAUCUGGCAUGAUCGAAUGUGUUCCUGUAAAACAGGGCCAUUUCAAGUUUAGCAGUGGGAAUACAAAGGGACUUCCAUGCCCACAUGGAAGUAUAACUCAAAAUGUUGGAGCCACAUCUCAAUUUAUGUGUGUAUGCCCACCAGGUUUUUAUAUGAUGGAUGGAAAAUGUACACCCUGCCUUAUGGGUCAUUUUUGUUUGGGCGGAAGGGACAUCGAUGGGAAUUUGAUACCUCCACAAAAAUGUAUAGAUGAGAAUUCUACUACAUUAAAUACCAACGCUACUAAUGAAUUGGAUUGUGUAUGUAAGCCUGGAUAUACUAGGAUCAAUCCGACUGACAAAUUUUGCAAACAGUGUCCACCAAAUCACUACAAAUCCACUACAUCGAAUGAAGCAUGUACACCUUGUAGAGGACAUUCAUCAACUGGAGAUUUAAGAGGAGCUACAUCUAAAGAAAAAUGUUUUUGCGCUCCGGGAUAUUAUUUUGAUAAGAUUUGCCUUCCAUGUGGUAAAAAUGAUAUAUAUUGCCCCGGCGGGAAAUUAGAGAUAGAUGGAUUGGCAAAGACACAUCCUCCAGUAAAAUGUCCUGAUAAUACAUUGAUUACACCGGGAGUGGAUGUUGCAAGUUCAUACGAUGAUUGCAAAUGCGCUAAGGGUUAUGCAUUUAAGAGUUUAGACGUACAAAAUAAGACUAAAAUAUGCGAAAAGUGUCCACCUGGAACAUAUAAAAGUUCUGUAUCAGAUUCUGGAUGCACUGGUCUAUGCCCAUUAAAUUCAACUAGUUUUCUAGGCUCGCAAAACUCUAAGCAAUGUUAUUGUUUAGAAAACUUUUAUCACGUUAGUGGCGGUACAUGUCUACCAUGCCCAGAAGGAUCAAUAUGUAAAGGAGGUUUAGUUCCUUAUGCUAUGGAAAAGGGUUAUGAUUCUGACUUUGAAAUAACGAGCGAUCAUCAUACAAAACCUAUUGCAAUGGAAGGUUAUUAUUUAGACAAGCUCAAGAAUACUCUUGAUGUUUCUGAUGAUUGGAAGUUUAUUAAAUGCCCAAUUGAAGGAUCAUGUUUGGGAAAAGAUGAAUGCCUAGAUUCAAUGGAACAUUAUCUAUGUGCAGAAUGCAAAUUUGGUUAUACUAACAAUUUUAAUAAAGGAGAAAGAUGCACGCCAUGCCCAGCUACGUCAGUUAACAUUGGUAUACAAUUUGCAUGGUAUCUUGCAUUACUUUUAUUCAACAUUGUAAUCGCAUGUUUAAAUGUAUCGGCUGGAUUUAAUAGAAGGUCGAUACACUCAGUUGUUAUUAAAAUUGCAUUAAAUUAUUGCACUUGUAUGUCAGUAUUGAAUGUUAUAAAUUAUAACGAGAUAUCAUUGCCUAUCCAAGUUACAAAUAUUAUCAACGCAUGGUCCAGAAAGUUUUCUUCAUCUAAAAGAAUGUAUUUGAUGUCGAUGGAUUGUCUAAUUAGGAAUCACUACAAUGUUUCCCAUGCAGAUUCAUUUUUCUACUCAAUGAUGGCAUUUGCUCUUCUACCUAUAGUUUUAAUAAUAUCGGUAACAAUAUUAAUGUGGAUCAUAUUGAAUCUUAUUAAAAUAAAGAAGCAUAAAACCAUUAAGUCUAAAAUCUUACUUCUAUAUCAAGCCAAAUCUCACGGGUUAGAUGCACUGGCAUCGAGGCUGAUCCACAAAUAUUCUAACGAAAGAUUGUUUCUAAUAUUUCGAUACAUUUCAUUGCCUGGACAAAAUGGUUUUGUUAAAUUCUUACACUUUCUAGAUGACAUGAUCCCAAUAUAUGUGACAGUGCUCUUUUCAAUUCAUGGUACCAUAACAUCUAAUAUGUUGAGUUUAUUGGAUUGCACGUAUAUAAAUCUUGGAAAAUCAGUCCCUGGAAAAUAUGUUUUACGCCCAGCUAUGAGUGUACAAUGUUCAAUAGACCCAUCUAAAGGAUAUAUUCCAUAUUUGCUAUUGGGCCUUGGCGGCCUAUUGAUUUGGGGGCUAGGAAUACCAUUAAUAUCAUUCCUAGUGUUAUUUACCAAUAGGAAGAGGUUACACAGUGCAGAUAUCCGACGAAAAUAUGGAUUUUUACACAAUGGAUACGAGAGAUCAUAUUGGUUUUGGGAGUCUGUGGUCUUUGCACGCAAAUGCUUAGUAUUGGUAAUUGGAAGCAUAGUAAUUGUACCAUCUAAUAAACUAAGUGAAUCUAGAAUAUGGUUGGCACAAGGUGUAGCAUUAACCUUUCUAAUAUUAAAUCUAAUCUAUCAACCAUUUGAUAAAAGGGAUUAUUUUGUGCUUCGUCGCCUAGAAAAUAAUUCUAUGGCUUCUUGGAUAUUUACUUUACUUUUAACUGAAAUAAUAUUGGAAUCUAAAUUACAAUAUUGGUACACAUUUUCUUUCUUAUUAUUUUCCCUUUUAAUGAAUCUAGCCUUUUUAUUACAAGUUUUAUUAUCAUUAUUUUAUGCAUAUUGCGACAAUGUAAAUGCUACUAAAUCUUUUUUUGAAACGCCAUUUUUACGGGUUAUUUUUAAGAACCUUGCGAAUAUAUCAAUACUACGCAAGGCAUCCGAAGCAGUUAUAUCUUUAAGAGUAGUUAAACGAGAGCCUUACACCAUAAGAAACGAUACUAACCUUCCAAAGAAUUUGUUAAAAAUAUUGAAAGAGCAUGACAUCUCAGUGAAGGAAUACGAAGACAUUCCAGCAACCACCACACUCUCAUCAACUUUAGUAGUCGGUUCUUCCUUUAAACGUGAGUUAAGUGCAGGAGAAAGGGAAUAUUAUUCUCAUGUAAUGACUGAAGCCUUUUCAUUUGCUCCAUGCCAUUUAGAGUUAGAUUUAAUUCCAAAAGAUUUCGUCGAAUUCAUAUUAAGGUUGUGUAUGGGUGUAUAUCAAUUGGAGUUAGAAACUAAUGUGACCAAAAAGUUAGUUGAUUCAUUAGUAGAAGGCGAUUUGAAUUCUCUUGUGCACCUAUCGGAAUUCAAUUUAGUUCAAACAAAUGAUACGUUGCAGGAUAGUUUAAUAAAAGCAAUGUUCAACGAAGAAGCUCUAAUGUAUGGAGCUCCAUUGAGUGACUUUUACCAAUGCCUUUCUCAUUUAAAAUGGCAAGAUUUUAGUAGAAUAGCGGGAUUAUAUAAAUUAUUUAGAAAAAAAUUAGAAGAAUUUAGCACAAAAAAAGAGCAUAGAAGGGUGUGUGAAGAGAGAUUAAGCGAAAAUAGUUUAGAUGGCUUAGAAAAUUUAUUAUCAAGGUACUAUACUGCCAACCCUAUAGUAAAGUUAGCUGAGCUGACGGGCGGGUUGUAUGGGCAAGAAUUAACCUUUACUGAUCACUUGCUCAAGCUUGGGUUUAAGCAUGUAGAUCACAGUUAA